GAAUUCUCAGAGUAGAGGUCGGUUAGUUCGAUUGGAUGCUUCCAACGCUAUACAACUAUCUGUCGUCAAGCCUUUUGGAGGUGUUUUUUUUUCUUUAGCCAACACCGAAUCGCUCUGAGAAAGUUAUUGAAACCGGAAAUCGGCACACAAUGCUUCCGAGAAUCGCUGAAUCCACAUUCUAGGACUGCUCGGAAUUUUUAAGUCAUCUAUCUAUCGCUCUUGUCGUUAGACCGUUCUAAACGGGACAACAUUGGCACCUAACGCGUGUAAGCCGCCAUCAGUUGCCAGCACCAUGCUUCACAUAAGAAGCAGCCGGUCCCAAUCUUCACUAUCCCUACCCUUUGUUCUGGUCCCCCCCCAGCUGUCCUGCCGUUGCUUCUGGCGACUAUGGGUUCGAAUGCGACGUCGACCGACACCGAACUAGGUCUAGGGUCCGACCUGACACUGGAACCUGCCCCAUCAGAAGACACACGUCCCGAGGAGAAGGCUACUGUGGUGAAAGUCGAGAAUGUGACCCUGGAGAAGAAGCUUGACAAUAAAUUUAUCACCACUGCUAUCCGACCCAUUUUCACGUCCAGGGCUCCGACGAAGACGAAGAAGAAGGUGUCGUUAUGGAUUAGGUGGACUUUAUGGUUUAAUACGUACAGGAAGUUUUUCACUUUCACGUUCGGUUUGAACAUGAUAGGCUUAGGCUUAGCUGCCUCGGGACACUUUCCCUAUGCCAUCAAGUUCUCUGGCGCUAUGGUUGUGGGUAAUCUCAAUUUUGCGAUUUUGAUGCGAAACGAAAUUUUCGGUCGAAUCCUAUUUUGGGUAGUGAACUUUUGUUUCGCGAAGUGGACCCCACUGUGGUGGCGUUUGGGUUGCACCUCUGUUUUGCAGCAUCUUGGCGGUAUACACAGCGGUUGUGCCCUAUCUGGCUGUAUCUGGUUACUCUUCAAAGUAGUGACCCUCUUCACCAUGCUUAGUGUCGAGCAUGACGCCAUACUCAUCAUGGGAGUGAUCACGAAUACUGCUGUUAUAAUCAGCGCGCUCAGUGCUUUUCCGUGGGUCAGAAACACACACCACAACGUAUUUGAACGCCACCACCGAUUUGCUGGUUGGAUCGGUCUUCUUUCAACGUGGUCGUUUGUCAUUCUUGGGGAUAUUUACGAUCCCGUCACACGUCGAUGGAAUCUCGACGGAGUGGCUCUCAUUCGACACCAAGAUUUUUGGUUUACGGCAGGGAUGACUAUCUUCGUCUCUCUCCCAUGGAUAUGUGUACGUGAAGUCAAGGUUGACAUCGAAUUACCCUCACCGAAAGUUGCCAUCCUUCGUUUCGAAAGAGGGAUGCAACAAGGUUUACUGGGAAGGAUCAGUCGGUCUUCAAUAAUGGAGUACCAUGCCUUCGGGAUUAUUUCGGAAGGCACGCACGCCAAGUACCAUUAUAUGAUAGCGGGUGUACAAGGGGACUUUACGAGGACUCUUGUCAAUGAUCCCCCGAGGACGUUGUGGACACGACAGGUUAAGUUCGCAGGUGUUUCCAAUACAUCUACGCUGUACACAAGAGGCAUCCGCGUCUGCACAGGCACUGGGAUUGGUGCCGCCCUUUCGACCUGUAUCCAGUCUCCAAACUGGUUCUUAAUAUGGAUUGGUUCUGACCAAGAGAAGACGUUCGGACCCACCAUCAGCGGAUUGAUUCAUAAGUAUAUUGAACCAGAGAGAUUCAUCCUUUGGGACACUAAAGAGCGAGGCGGGCGACCAGACACCAUGAAGCUGGUCAAAGAAGUAUACAGCUCGUUCAAUGCCGAAGUUGUUUUCAUAACGUCAAAUUAUAUCGGUAACACUGAAAUCAUGCAAGGAUGUAAAGAGGCUGGCAUACAUGCCUUCGGGACAUUGUGGGACUUCUAACCUUGUCGACUCGUCCCCAACAUCUUUGCAUAUAUGUUGAGAUUUAAGAAGGUUCGGCAAACUUAAAUAUUUGGCCCGCGCUGUUGUAGAUAUACUGAUCCGAUGAAUGUACCAC